UCUAGUGCCCAAUUCCUGUUAGCGCCGAUUAUAUUCGGUCGUGCGCGCACCGUGCCCUUCGGCCUCAUUGAUUGUUUUUUCAUCGAGAAGACAUAGACUUCUCCACCCAUUCCAUCAUGUCUGACGUUGAAGAUGCCGCCUUCAAUGAGGGUGUCGAACAUUUCGAUGACUUCGAACAACCAGAACACUUUUCUGACGACGAGUUUCAAGAACCUGAAACUGCCGAUGCCAACGGAGAAUUGAAGACCGCUGAUGGUAAGACCAUCAUCAACGGAGGCCUUGGUCCAGAUGAUGCUGCUAUUGCUGCCCAACCAAGAGCCAAGACCACCAAGGAGUUGGCCAUACCCAAGGAGAAGCGUAACACCACUCCAUACAUGACCAAAUACGAACGUGCUCGUGUGUUGGGUACCAGAGCCUUGCAAAUAUCACUUAACGCCCCAGUUUUGGUUGAUAUCGAAGGUGAAACCGACCCUUUGCAAAUUGCCAUGAAGGAAUUGGCCCAAAGAAAGAUCCCCUUGGUGGUUAGACGUUAUUUGCCAGACGGCUCCUUCGAAGACUGGGGAUGUGAUGAAUUAAUUGUUGAUCACUAGACUCUAUUCCUACGCCUACUGGACCCUACCAAACGACAUUU